AUGCAGAGGAGGGUGGAGGACUCGCAGAACUGGGCCAAGAUCCGCAGCUGCCUCCAGGACGGCGAGGUAGAGUUACAAGUGUUUCGUAAGGAAUUGGAUAGAUCUGAAAGUUUUACUGUGUCAAUACCUGCACACACUGGUGGUGCAAUGCCUGCAUCUAGCUAUUCAGAUCAAAGCUUGACAGAAGAUGAUGCACUUCUGUGCCUGAACACUGAAAAAACCAGGCUAUCUCCACAGUGCACUACUAGUAGCAAGACAGCUACCAUAGGGCAAAGUGAAGAAGAAGCGUCGGGUUUGCUUGUUGACUUGGGCGCGGUUGGUGGUGAUUACAGGAAGAAAGAUGCAGGUCAUCAUCUAGAUCCAGGGUGCCAACCGGAGAUCAGAUGCACUUGUGCAACUUCUGAUGAAAGGCCGUCCAGGCGGUCCAGUCCGUAG